ACCCGGUGGCAACUUCGACAGGGGCCACGUCGAGGCAGUGGGAUUCGCUAUUUCAGUUUUAAACGUGUCGUAGAAAAUAAAAGAAGAGUAAUAUAAAUCUUGCUUAGCUCUACAAAAAUUCAUUAUCCACAUUGCAUAUACAUUAGUAUUGUUUUAAAUUUAUGAGUUACAAGAUUUAUAACAAUUUAAUUAUGCUAGCAAAGUUUUUUUUAUUGUGUUUACUGGCUUUUGGAGUCCACGCCGGUGAAGAAGACGUUUUGGAGCUUACUGAUGCAGAUUUUACCAUUGAAUUAGAUCGCCAUGACAACACACUUGUUAUGUUUUAUGCACCUUGGUGUGGUCACUGUAAACGACUUAAGCCAGAAUAUGCUGAAGCCGCUGGAACGUUGAAAGGCAAUGUACCACCAAUUACUUUGGCUAAAGUUGAUUGUACUGAAGCUGGAAAAGAUACUUGCUCAAAAUAUGGAGUAAGUGGAUAUCCAACAUUGAAAAUCUUCUCUAAGAGUGAAGUUGUUGCUGAUUAUAAUGGACCACGUGAAGCUAAAGGAAUUGUUAAAUAUAUGAAGGCUCAAGUUGGACCUGCUUCCAAAGAACUCAAAACAGCAGAAGACUUAAAAACAUUCCUCAGCGGUGAUGAAGUCAGCAUUGUUGGUUUCUUUGAAAAAGAAAAAUCACCUCUUGCCGACUCAUUCCAUUCAGUUGCUAAGAAACUCCGUGAGAAAGCCAAUUUUGCUCAUACUACAGUGAAAUCGAUCUUAGAAAAGGAAAAGAUGAAAAAUAAUAUUGUUUUAUACCGACCAAAACUUCUCCAAAAUAAGUUUGAACCUCAUAUGCUUAAAUAUGAAGGUGGAGAUUCUGUAAGUGAUAUUAACGAGUUUAUUACGAAGAACUACUUUGGUUUAUGUGGCAUUCGCACACGUGAUAACGCUAUGUCAUUUAACAACCCUCUCGUUGUUGCUUAUUAUGCAGUUGAUUAUGUUAAGAAUCCUAAAGGCACUAAUUACUGGCGUAACAGAGUUAUGAAAGUAGCUAAAGAUUUCCCAACUUUCAACUUUGCUAUUUCAAAUAAAGAUGACUUCCAACAUGAAUUAAAUGAUUUUGGAGUAGAAUUUAGCAAGAGUGAAAAACCUGUUGUUCUUGCUAAAGAUGACAAAGGCCAGAAAUUCAUUCUUAAAGAUGAAUUCAGUGUUGAAAAUCUAGAAAAAUUCAUGAAAGACUUGGAAGCUGGUAAUUUAGAGCCAUUUAUUAAAUCAGAACCAAUUCCAGAAGAUAACUCAGGUAAUGUGAAGGUAGUCGUCGCUAAGAACUUUGAUGAAGUUGUUACCAAAGCUGAUUCUGAUGUAUUGAUUGAGUUUUAUGCACCAUGGUGUGGACAUUGUAAGAAACUUGCUCCAGUUUUUGAUGAGUUGGGAGAUAAAAUGGCUAAAGAGGAUGUUGUGAUUGCUAAAAUGGAUGCUACUGCCAAUGAUGUACCACCACAUUUCACAGUUCAAGGAUUCCCUACUCUUUACUGGGUACCGAAAAAUUCUAAAGAUUCACCAGUUAAAUAUGAAGGUGGCCGUGAACUUGAUGACUUUGUUAAGUACAUCGCUCAACAUUCGACUGAUAAACUUAAAGGCUUCGAUAGAAAAGGAAAUGCUGUUAAAGCUCCUAGUGAUGAGUUGUAAAAAUUUUCUAUUGUAAACUUUAUUUUUACUAUCUAUUUUUCUCUGUGUAAUGUUAGAUGACAUAUUUUAUAUCUAAUUGUAUGUAAGCUUAAUAAUAUUAAGCUUGAUAUACAUUAAGCUGUGUUUCCAUGUCAAAUUAAUGAAAAUUUUUAUGGUAAGGAAAAAAAUAAUUUAAUGGUACAGUUUGUAAUAUUUUUAAGGAAAUAUUGUACCAUGUAUCCUUGUCAAUGAAGUGAUCUUAUUCCAUCUUAUUUUUAAACUAAAAUAGAUGUAAAAUAUGAGUACAUUAACAUUCUGUUUAUACAAUAAGAAAUUAAUAAAUUCAACAUAAUAAUUUUUUUUAAUUAA